UCUCGCUCCCGGUGCGGGCGGUGGCGGCGGCGCGCGCCAUGGCGGCGGCCGCUCGGGAUCCCGGCGCCGCUCCCGCUCCGGGGGGGCUCAAACCAACCGCCGCCUCCAACCCCCCCCCGCCACGAAUCGGUACCCACGACGGCACCUUCCACUGCGACGAGGUGUUGGCCUGCUUCCUGCUGCGCCUCCUGCCGCGCUACCGGGAAGCCGAGGUGCUGCGCUCCCGGGACCCGGCUCUGCUGGCUCAGUGUGACGUGGUGCUGGACGUGGGGGGCGAGUUCGACCCCAAGCGCCAUCGAUACGACCAUCACCAGCGCUCCUUCAGCCACUCCAUGCACAGCCUCAGGCCCCACAAGCCCUGGCUCACCAAGCUCAGCAGCGCUGGGCUCGUUUAUUGCCACUUUGGCUCCCAAAUCUUGGCUCAGCUCUUGGAGCAGCCCCAGGACAGCCCAGAGGUGGAAUUGCUCUAUGAUCAGCUCUACGAGAACUUCGUGGAGGAGAUCGACGCGAUCGACAACGGGCUGGCGGUGGGGGAGGGGCGGCCGCGCUACGCCGUGACCACGACCCUGAGCGCGAGGGUCGCCCGGCUCAACCCGCCCUGGAACCAGCCCCGGGAGCGGCCGCAGGUUCAGGCGGCCUUCGAGCGCGCGCUGGAGCUGGUGGGGGGCGAGUUCCUGGAGCGGGUGGGCUACUACCGGCACGUGUGGCUGCCGGCGCGGGACCUGCUGCGGGCGGCCAUCGGCCAGCGGCGCCGGGUGGACCCCGGGGGGGCUGUGCUGGAGCUGCCCCAGGGCACUGGGGGCUGCCCGUGGAGGGAGCUGCUGCCAGGGCUGGAGCAGGAGCUGGGGCUGGAGCAGGAGCUGCUGCUGGUGCUGGUGCCUGAGGGCAGUGAGUGGAGGCUGCACUGUGUGCCCUGUGCCCCCCACAGCUUCCAGUGCAGGCUGCUGCUGCCCGAGCCAUGGCGUGGGCUCCGUGCCCAGGAGCUGUCCCGUGUCGCCGCCAUCCCCGGCUGCAGCUUCGUCCACGCCAACGGCUUCACGGGGGGACACGAGAGCAGGGAGGGGGCUCUGGCCAUGGCCAGGAGAGCGCUGGAGCUGGGCAGGGGGGGCACACAGAGCCCCUGAGCCCCCUCCCCUAAAAACCAACCCCACACUGGGUCAGAUGGGGCAGGGCCCAGCCCUGAUCUGUGUGGUGAAGGAGGGGUCAGGACCCCUUCUGUGGGGAGGGGGGACAGGGGUCAGGAUCCUCUGGGGGGUCCCUGGUGGGUGUUGUGUGGCCCCUCCCCCCAAAAAUAAACAUCACUUUGUGUCCU